AAUCUAUUAUUAUUCCACGACUUGGAACUACCAGAGAAGUUCUCUUGUUCUUCUGCUCACUUUCUCGUAUUCUUCUUCUAAUUUUCUUGGUUUGAUGAUUAUAAAUACACUUGCCAUUAGAAGAACCAGAUCAUCAGCAAAACAGACUACAACAUUGCUCGUCCCACAAAUCAAAAUUAGCAUCCAUGGCUGUGAGUAGAAGAAUUCAGGUCGAAUCCAGAAACGGAAUUGGGUUUUCUCGAUCCACACGGCCAAGGAAGCAAAAAGAAUUGAGAAUAAACAUGAAGCGAUUGAAAGUGGAGAUGGCGGAGAUCAGUAUAGAUCAGAAACGGAUUAGAAAAGACCAAACAGAAAUACGAGGGAGGUUGGAACAAAUUAAAGAGCAAUGCGCCAGGUUGAGAGAGGAAACGGAGGUGAUUGCGAAGCAGAAAGCUCGGAGUCAGCUUCUGCUCGCUCUUGUAUUCAAAAUCCUCAAGGCUCGUGAAGCAGGGGACUUCGCCACUGCAGUCAGUCUCACUCGGGCCCUCAGGGAGGUGAUUCAGAAGCGGGGAACAAAUAAAGUCUGAUAUUUGUGCUAAACAAAAAAUAUAAUAGUAAUUAUAAUAAGGUUUGGGAUUCCCUUUUUUUUUUUUUUUUUUUUAAUAGGGACAAACCAACUGGGUGUGGUGUGAGAGAAAAUGAGCGUUUUGCCAAUAAAUGGUCAGUUAAUCUAUAUAUAAGGUUUUCUCAAGAUUACUGUACUUAAGUGUGAUUGUAUUUUUUUUUCUUAGUAAUGCCUUGUGAUUGUAUGGUGUCGUUGUUCAAAAUUAUAUAAGUGUUGUGAUACUAUUUUAAAGUGUUGUAAAUCUGUAUAAUUGUUAAUGUGUCCGCCCCCAAUGCAGAGUACGCAUUUUUUGUCUUUCUGUUCUUGAUUUCAUGUUUAAGGGUGCUGAUGAAAGGCAAACCUACAUUUCUUAAUUUUUUAAUUCAAGUUUUGUAUAAAACUCCAUUUAUGUCUUCCAUGUUGUAUGGUUUUCCCCUUGAAGCACAAAGGAGAUUAAUUUUAUACCAGUGCAGAAUGUACAAUAUAGAACAUGGUAAUAU